AUGGCUUCACGACGUCAACUUAAUGAAGAGGAAAUUCUGGAUGCUUUGGAAAGAGAUUCCGAUAUAGAAGAAGAUUAUGAAAAUGAUGCCGAGGAUGCGGUUGAGUGUGUGGUUGAAAAGAUACGCCCUGCAAAGUCGAAAGUUAUAGCCCGUAAUGACACAGGAGUCGAAAACGCGACAGAAGUUGAGGAGGAUAUUGAAGAUAUCGAAGAUUUUGAAGAAUUGGAGCUGCCGGAAAUUUCUGAGGAAGCGAUUGCUGGUGUGGCUGCCGAAUGGCUGAAUUCUAGCGAUAUUUUGCGAGAAAAUGCAAUUUCUCUUGAAGAAACUCCAGUCAUUCAAUGCACAAAAAAGAAAGAGAUAAAGUGGAAGACUAGGAUGGCAUGUACAUUCAAAUCAGAUAAGAUACAGUUUACAGCACCGCCAGCGGAUGGAAACACUACAGAAAGGACACCGUAUUCCUUCUUCGUAAAAUAUUUGGAUGACGAGUUUUUUGUAAAAGCAGUAUAUUAUACAAAUAUAUAUGCUACUCAGAAAGGAGACUUAAAUUUUAAACCCUGUACCGCUGAUGAAAUUCGUGUACUUAUAGCUCAACAUAUUAUGAUGAGCUGUUUCAAGCUGCCACGCGUUCGAAUGUACUAUGAUCGCCGUUGGAACUUGACGUUUUUUUCAAAUAGCAUGACGUCUAACCGGUUCUAUUCCUUGGGAAAACGUCUACACUUAACUGACAUUUCUGCUCGUCCAAGUGGCUGUAAGGAUCGCUUAUUCAAAGUUCGUCCCAUAAUUGAGCAAGUUCGCCAGAGGCUGCAGGAAUUACCAUUAGAAGAGAAUCUUUGUGUGGAUGAGCAAAUCAUUCCAUUCAAGGGAAAAUUCAUGGCAAAGCAAUUUAUCAAAGGAAAGCCUUGUCCAUGGGGAAUCAAAGUAUACUUUUUAUGUGGAAAAAGUGGCAUGCCCUACGAUUUUAUUAUUUACCAGGGUUCCUCUACACCUCUAGAUGACAUUGUAGUCAAGACUGACAGAGAUAUCUAUGCAGCUGGAACUGUUCGUUCCAAUCGCUUUGCAAAUCCACCCUUGCCCGACAAGAAUGUAAUGUCCAAACGUGGUCGAGGAUCAGCAGUUCAAUGCAUUAAAGAGAAUGAAAAAGUCAUAUUUAUUAGAUGGUAUGACAACAAAGUGGUAAACUUGGCUUCAAACUUCGUGGGAAUUGGUACAGCGGACAAAGCUCGACGGUGGGAUAAGGACUCACAAGGUUAUAUUGAAGUGUUUCGUCCUGAAGUAGUACGACUUUAUAACGAAAGCAUGGGUGGUGUAGACUUAUUGCAUCAAAUGAUUUAG